AUGUCACUGUCGCCAAUCAAGGCAUCGCCUCAAAAAUCUACCAACACCUUGUCAUCUUCCUCGCGUGUUAUUGAUUCAUUACAGUCCACAAUUGACAAACUAACCGAUGAAAUAACCACUUUGAAACAGUCUAAUCAAGAAACCACCAAAAAGAACCAAAUCCUAAGUCAAAGAAACGAAUCAUUUGUCGAUCAAGUGGCCAACCUAAAACAUGAAAAUGAAAUGUUGAAUGCCAUGUUGAAGCGUAAAGAUCGUCGAAUUGCCGACUUGGAAGAUCAACACAACGAGCUCUCCAGCUCAAUUGAAUCUAUCAACUUCCUGAAUAAACAAAUGAAGAUGAGAUGUGAAAAUUUAGCUACAAAUAAUGAUAAAACAAUGGCUGAAUAUGAAAGCUUGAAGAUUUCCUAUGAUGCUUUGGUUACUAGUUGUAAAGAAUAUAAGCAACAUUACAAGAAGGAAAUUGAUGCCAUAAGUGAAAAUUUCGAAAAUUACAAGGCUGCAAACUCAGCUAAGUGGGAAGAAUUACAAAAACUGAUUUCAAGUAACGAUAAAGAUGUCGAUACGUUGUUGGACUCAUUAGGUAAUAAGAAGAAAGCAAUGGAUAAUAUCUAUGUUCACAAGAAUACCAAGGUUUUGCAGAUUUUAACUACAUUGGCUAAUCUAGUCAAGUCGCAUGGUCAGGAGAGUAAACAUGUACUUAGUGAUUGUUCAGAUACAAUUGACUAUUUGUUAAACAAGUACCCUGAUUUGAAUGAGAAAUUGACAAAGCAUGAGCAAGUUGAAAUUGAUAUAAAUUCAAUUCUUGUUGAGUCAAAGGAAACUUUGAAUAAUACAUCGUUUGAUGAUGAGGAAGUUACAUUGAUACAAUCGCCAGAUUUGGAGAAUGGAACCACCCCAUGCAACAACACCUUGAGUAAAUCAGCAUCAGUAAGAAGGAAGUUCAGGAAAAACGGGGCAAAUUCUAAUAACUCCUCAGCUACUUCAUCGCCAAACUUACCCCAAUCAGCUCAAUACCCACAUAACCACCAUCACACCCAACACAAUCAACAUACCCAACACACUCCUUCCUCAAAUCAACGAAAUGAUACCCAUUCCAAUGCAUCUCAGCACCAAACAUACCAACAUCCACAUUCACACGCACGUUCACAAUCGCAACUGGAGCUGAGAAAACCAGUGGUUAAUAACAACCUCAUAAACAUCAACAAACCAAGAAACAAAAACGGAACAAAAAGUAAUGAUGGCUCCUCAUCAAAUGGUGAACGUAAUAGCAGUAAUAAUAGUGACAAGACAAGUAGGAGAAGAUCAGGGUUUUAUGGAAACUCCAAUAAAGUGAGUAAUGGAAGUAGUAACAAACAUAAACGAAACUCCCAAAUUAUAGAAAACUCGAUAUAG